AUGGAAUCACUACCGAAUCUGUAUUAUCUCUUGGCAGUAUUAAGAGUCAUUCUAACUCUCAUGCCCCAGUCUGGAUAUAUUCACCCAGAUGAAUUUUUCCAAUCACCAGAGGUUAUUGCAGGGGAUAUCUUCGAUUAUGACACUACGCGUACUUGGGAAUGGAAUGUAUCAUGUCCUUUACGAAAUAUCAUCACUCCAUAUUUCAUAUCUGGUUUACCAAUGAUCUUGCUCAAGUUUCUCAAAGAUCUUUUCUCUAUCGAUUUGAUUUCACCGUAUACUUUACUCGUAUUGCCUCGACUCUUCUGCUGUGCCUUAUCUUUCCUCUUUGACUAUUCCGUUUGGAUAGUAUGCCAGCGAUUGAACAUCAAAAGUAAUGACGCAAUGGCUUACUUACUAACAACUGCAAGCGCUCAUCCAAUUUUUAUAUUCUGCCGGACAUUCAGUAACUUUGUGGAAAUGAUAUUUUUCUCUUGGUUGUUAAUAAUAUAUUACUCUACUCAAAAGACUUCACCUUCUGGCAGUUACUGUAACAGAACCUGGUUAAUAACUGGGAUAACAGUCGCAGUUGGUUUCUUUAUUAGACCAACGUUCUUGGUUUUUGCCUUUUGGCCAGUUCUUUCAAUGUUGUAUCAUCAAAGUACGCAUGGUAUACACCCCAGAGUUACUCAUGGAUUAGUCAAUAUGUUUAUGUUAUUUGGGCCAUUAACAGUUGCACUUUAUUAUCAAACAUUACGAGAUAUUAUUAGUUUUCUGGCUAAUGCUGGUAAUAACGACCAAAUUACCCAAGCAAGUAUUUCUUUGUCUAACCGAUGGUUUUUGAAAGGAUGCGUAUAUAUUCCAUUAGUUAUUUUAUCAUGGAUUCCACAUCACGAACCGCGAUUUAUUCUUCCCGUCAUUUUUCCAUUGCUUAUUUUAUUCGGGAACAAUUUCUUUGGUAGCCGUAAUAGAUUUCGUAAUUUAAUUAUUUGGAUUUUAUUUAAUGUACUUGGCAUAUUAGUUUUCGGAUUUAUGCAUCAAGGUGGCAUUUAUCCAUGCAUGAAGUACCUUCACGAUAAUUAUAAACUCGAUAAUGGUGGGACUACAAUUAAUCCUUCCACUAAUGUAAUAUUUUACCGCACAUACAUGCCUCCAAAAUUUAUGUUGGCACAAUUCCGAGGUAACAAGAACAUAGAAAUUUUCGAUUUAGCAGGAAGCGAUUACGACAUUAUGUUAAGUACAAUUGAAUCUUUAGCGAAGGAUAGUCAAAACAGUAGAAAAAGGAAUUUAUUAGUAACUCCAACUACUGUUCAAGUACCUACACGUUUCAAGCUGGUUAAGAGAUUUUUUCCCCAUUGGAGUUCGGAAAAUCCUCCAAAUUUAUUGCACUUAUUAAAUCAAUUGUAUGACAAUUUGUUUAUAUUAACUAAUAGUCAAACUUUCGAUGCCUAUCAUGACAUCUUUAAUAGAAGUAGUGCUAUUUUUACAACUUUGAGAUACGAGCUUACCCUUAGUCUUUAUGAAUAUGUAGUAUAA